GCCGCCCCUUGCAGUCUCCACCUGUCUUUACAGAGCUGGGGAGAGGAGCCCAGCCCACAGUUAGUGCUUGGAAGCCUAAACCAGACUGGCCACAUCUGCCACAUCACCCACGACCUGCUAGCAUGGCCGACCAGCUGACUGAGGAGCAAAUCGCUGAGUUCAAGGAGGCUUUCUCUCUGUUUGAUAAGGAUGGGGAUGGCUGUAUCACCACCCAGGAACUGGGCACUGUCAUGCGGUCCCUGGGUCAGAACCCCACAGAGGCUGAGCUCCAAGGCAUGGUGAAUGAAAUCGACAAGGAUGGAAACGGCACCGUGGACUUCCCCGAGUUCCUGACAAUGAUGUCCAGGAAGAUGAAAGACACUGACAGUGAGGAGGAGAUCCGGGAGGCCUUCAGAGUGUUCGACAAGGAUGGCAACGGCUAUGUCAGCGCAGCCGAGCUGAGGCACGUGAUGACCAGGCUGGGGGAGAAGCUGAGCGAUGAGGAGGUGGAGGAAAUGAUCCAGGCGGCAGAUACAGACGGUGAUGGGCAAGUGAACUAUGAGGAGUUUGUUCACAUGCUAGUGUCCAAGUGAGGCUGUGCCACAGACUGGUACAGCUAGGUGCCCACGAGGCUCCUGGGCUACAAGCUUGGCUGGAUAAAUAGCUGCUACCCUCACGGUGGUGAGAAUCUUAGCCAGGCCUUAGGUGUCUUUCCCUGUUUCCCAGCUUUCUCCGGGCUCUAUGGACUGCAUCCACAAGUCUGCAUUUCACUUUCUGCAUCUCCUAUUCUGCCAACUUCCCACCAGCUGGUUCUCCUUGACUGAGAACGCCUCCAGCUCAGACAGGCAACACCUCCUCCUAGCCCUCAAGAGCUAAACCAGAAUGUCUCAUCUCUGCACGGACAAUGAGCCAAAGGACCCUCGCCCCAGUUUUGUUUUGGUUUUUUUCUUUUUCUUUUUUUUCUUUUCUUCUUCCCUCCAUCCCCCACCCCCCUGUUUUCAACAGAAAUGAUCAACUCCUCGGCAUACUUCCGGCAGGAAUCUCCAUUUGUAUUGUUGUGUGGGGUGUGUGUGGCUGGGGAGGGGCUUGGCAGUCACCAGCGCACAAAGCUCUGCAUCAAGGUGGCCUGUGGCCAUCAGUUCAUACAUCGUAGUUCUUGGGCAUCUUUGGCUAAAGACUGCGUCUGUUGGAUUUGGAAAGCAUCUGGGCAUGAGGAUGAAGGGCAAUGGUGGCGGUUUUAAUGACUUAGGUCAGACUGUCUGGAAAACAUCACUUCCCUUUCAUGCAGACUUUCCUUGUUUCUUUCUGUCUCGAUCAAACCUCUGUGGUUCUGGAUUUAUGCUUGUUUGUUUGUUUGUUUGUUUGUUUCUCUGUUUGUUUGUUUUCUGAGCUGAAAGUAAAGCUGGGGAGUCACUGUAACAUGUUUGUAUUCAUCUAGAAGAAAAGAAAUUUAAAUGUGAGAGAGGGAAGCUGCAGGGGAAUAAAUAAGUAAAAUAA